UCAACAACAUGGAAAUACACGUGUAACGUUACCUAAACCCUCAACCCCUUCCUCUCCCUCUCACCCAAACUUCAUCCACAGUACUAGUUCCCAUAUCCCCACCCCCGCCUUCUUCUACCACCCUUUCUGUCUACCAUCCAGCCCAUCCUCAAUCCUGGUCAUUUUGCUUCAUCGCACUAUCAUGCCCGUUAGCUUAGAAGGCCGAUAUAUCAGACUUGAAAUUAUCAGCGGAAAAAUUCUUAAAGUUCCCUCCUUGCGCAUUCCCGCAGGCGUCCAUGUGUCCGUCAAUCUCGACUCGAGCAGACGCUGGAAAUCAACAAUCGGUGUCUUAUUAUCCGACGAAUCUAUAACGUGGCGCGAUAGUGUAACCUUAUCAUUGGAUGCGUCACCUACGUUAUCAGUGGAGAUCAGGGUUUCCUUCGAGCUCGAUUGCAUGCUAGGCAAUGGAGAAGUUGUCGGAAAACUUGACACAUCAUGGGAUGAGCUGCUAGAUCAUGGAAAUGAGCCUUUCGACAUCUCCUUCCCGUCCGUUGAUGGUGUUCACUCUUCCCUCACACUAAAGGCUACGGUUCUACAUGAUUGUGACUAUCAGGACAGCGCACUGCCUGACUCCAUCGUUGAAUGUCAGAUUGCUCAAGACACGGAUGCGGGCCAUGAACGAUUUGCCACAUACGUGACAAGCGAGACGGUCUCUCACCUGAACGAUGCUGUAAAGCAUUUCCAGUUGGUCCUGGACCAAUGUCCGGUCGGUCAUCCUCACCGGGCAGCGGCUCUCACCAACCUUGCGUGGGCCCGCCUUCAAGGCUACAUUCAAAACGAUUUUCAAGAUAUCGACUCUAUCACUUCUCUCUUCCGCGAAGUCCUUGCAUUGCGUCCGCAGGCCCACCCCGAUCAUCCAUUAUCCAUCUAUCACCUCCUUAAAGCGUUGAUCUGGCGCUACUGCAAGGAGAACUCCACCACCGUCUAUAUCCAGGAAUGCGCGCAACUGUCCCGCAAGCUAUUGCCCCUCUGUCCAGAGGGCACCUACCUUCGUAGCAUCGCGGCAGGGCCAAAUGGCGUCGAUUAUGUGAUCCCCGCAUGCAACAAUCUUCCAAUAGAUGCAUCCGAUGAAGGCAUCCACCUUCGACGAGUCGUACUCGAGCUUUGUCCUCUGGGCAGUGCACACCGUCCGGAAGCACUCGACAACCUUGCACAGGCAGUUGAAGCACGCUUUGACCAGCGCGGCACCAUUGAUGAUCUAGCAGAGAGCAUACAACAUGGCCGUGAAGCCGUUUCUCUGUGCCCCGAAGGACAUGCUGAACGCGACACCUACCUGAAUAACUUGGCCUACUCACUCCGGUCCCGUUUUAAUCACCAAGGCAACUCAGAUGACCUCAAUGAGGCCAUCUCUUUAUAUGAAGAAGCGCUGCACCUCUGCCCCGUUGGGCACAAAUCUCGUGAUUUCUCGUUGGACAACCUAGGAGUUGCCCUCUGGACCCGUUUCAACCAACGUGGUGAUGUUAACGACAUCAUCAGAUCCAUCAGCCUCCGGCGCGAGGCACUGACAUUGCGCCCGCCUGGGAAUCCAUAUCGUGAUUACACGCUUAACAACCUUGCCGCUGCGCUCAAAACCAGAUAUGAGAAAAUGGAUGCCAGCGAGGAUCUCGACGAGGCUAUCAACCUCUUCCGGGAUUCACUUCAUUCAACGCCGCAUGGCCAUCCACGUCGCCAUAUCUAUCUUUUCAAUUUGAGCUCAGCGCUCCGUUCUCGUUUCACGCAAACUCGGAAGAAUGAAGAUAUCGAGGAGGCCAUUCGACUCUGCCAAGAGUCGUUGGAGGCUUUGCCUUCACUGCAUCCGGAUAGAUAUUUUAGCUACAUGCGGCUGAAGAACGCCUACGUGUCUCGUUACCAAGUGCAAAACAACCUCGUUGAUUUAUCACUCGCUGUAGAGAACUUCCGACUGGCGUCGAGACACCCUACGCAGGGCUUUCCAAAUCGCAUUGCAACAGCCUGGAUGUGGGUUACUACAGCAGAGCAACACAAUCAUACAUCUGCACUAGAGGCCUACAUCACAUGUUUCGACCUUCUUGACGGCCAUUUGGCAACACGAUCGUCGACAAUUUCACGGCGCAAAGCUGCCGCUGCCUUCAGCGGUGCGAGAUCACUGCCUGUAGAUGCAGCAUCAUGUGCUAUCCGUCGUGACGAUCUAUGUCAUGCUGUCGAACUUGUGGAGCAGGGUCGUGGCCAGCAGUGGUCGCUGGCCUCUCGACUCAGAACUCCGCUGGAAGACCUGAAGCUUGCAAGUCCGGAACUAACUCACAGGUUCUCAGAUAUUAACAAGCGCUUGUCUGAUGCUCAGGGUUCCGCUGGCAGCACUGACCGAGCUGCUGCUGAUCGAGCAGUGAUACAUUACAGGAGACUUCAGGAGCAGUGGGGAGCAGUGGUAGCUGAGAUCCGUAAUCUCAAAGGUUUCUCACGGUUCUUGCUCCCGCCUUCAUAUGAAGAUUUGCAAGCAGCAGCACGUCAUGGCCCAGUCAUCAUCCUCGUCGCAAGUCAAUACUCGUGCAGCGCCAUCGUUGUCCCGACGUCAGGAAAGCUACACCAUGUUUGCUUCCCGCGCAUCACUCUCACACAUCUGGAGAAGCUCAAGAGUGACUUUGCGAGGGAGAUACGACUUGCAUCUUUUAUGCGGCCAGAGGAGACGAGGAAGGAAUUGCAAGUCCUCUUGCGGACAGUGUGGGACGAGAUCAUGCUCCCCAUCGUCAUUGUCCUCCAGCGCGAUCUCAGAGUAACGAGCGGCUCUCGAAUAUGGCUGUGUCCAACUGCAACCUUCACUUCCAUUCCUCUCCAUGCAGCUCACCCCUUUCGAACGAAAGCUGACGGACGACGUGAACUAUGCCUUGAGGACGUCUAUAUCUGUUCUUACACGCCGACACUUUCAGCUCUGAUCAGAUCUAGGCAGAUGAUGAAGAAACGCAUGACUCCGACAUUCGUUGCAAUCGCUCAAAGUUCACCGGGUGCGGGGCAAGGCGAGGUGCUCUUGGCUGUUGACAGCGAGCUUGAGCUCGUCUGCAAACUCGUCCCUGCGACGGCCAAUUCCACCACACUCUCCGGCGACGAUGCUACGCGAGCAGGUGCACUCCACGCUUUGCAACACAGCACUUGGGUGCACCUCGCUUGUCAUGGGAAGCAGGAUCGCGAGCAGCCUUACCAUUCAUGUUUCGCCAUGAGAGACAAACCUCGGACGCUGCUCGACAUUAUGGAGAAAGACAUCCCUCACGCUGAGUUCGCAUUCUUGUCGGCGUGUCAUACCGCUGUUGGCGAUGAGAAGACACCCGACGAAGUCAUCCACCUUGCAGCUGGACUCCAGUUUUCUGGGUUCAAGAGCGUCAUUGGCACGCUGUGGGUGGUCAACGACGCUGUCGCGAAACAUGUUGUCGAAGCUUUCUACAAGAACAUGGUCAAGGGUUUGGAAGAUGGUGAUAUGAUGGACUGUACGAAGGCGGCCUGGGCACUCAACCGUGCUACAAACGCCGUGAAGACGAAAGUUCCGCUCGAACAGCGGAUGGUUUUCAUACAUAUUGGUGUGUAGUUCUAUGUCUCAUUGUUUCGAUAUCGUACAGUUCUUCAGGUUAUUCUCUUUCGUCUAUGCUGUACUUAAAGUUGUAGGAAUUACCGUACUACCCUCUGUGUCGCACUCCCCGGGUGCUCCAGUCAUCUUGUUUUCGUUUUCACAGUGAUAUUUGUCUGUCCUAGAGUCUUCGGCAAAGUCAUUCGUUGCUCGAUCACAACG